AUGGUCGCUGCGUCGCGGUCGCACCGGCCCGUAUCAGCACGUCUGCAGACGUAUCUGAGCGUUCUUUUCGACUUAGUAGAUAAUCUGGACGACAUAACGGAGUUUGCGGUUCCAUUUGUUGCGGGCUGUCUGGUGGUAGACAACUAUGCAUACGACGUGCCCAUCCUCGACCCUGUCAAGGCUUGCCAGGCUACUGUGCGUACGAAGCCUGCCACUGCCGGUUUACGAGUGCUGUCUAUUGACGGUGGUGGUAUUCGCGCUGCGAUUCCCAUCCAAUUCCUUUGCGCGCUCGAAAGAGCAGUAGGUCUCGAUAUGCCGAUUCAAGAACACUUCGAUCUUGCCUACGGAACGGGUUCAGGCGCGAUGGUGGUUCUAGCGCUUUACGGUCUGGGCAUGCGAGCUGAGGAGACUUUUACUCUCUUCAGCCAGCUGUCAACACGCAUAUUUCGCGGGCGGAGCCGACUUGGCUUGGGACUUGCUGCCACAGCCCAUGCCCUCAUCACUUCGUGUCGCAACGGCCGGUUUCCUGCCAGCGACAUCGAUGACGCUUUGAUGGAGAUCUUCGAUGAAGCCACCAUGCUAGAUCUCGAGUACAUGUCUUCGAUCGGGGCACGAGUCGGUCUUCCCGUUGUCGAUGUCGACACACUAGACACGUGUCUGGUGACGAGCUACAACGGGGCUGCUCCCCAGUACGGUGACGAUGCAUGUACAAAGAUGUCAACAUAUCGAGUCUUGCGCUCAGAAGAUGUUGCUGAUGAGAUACACGUCAAGGAUGCGUAUUUCACGCCACACAAGAUGCCUGGCCAUGGCACAUUCAUGGACGGAGGGCUAAGCGACAACAACCCCUGCAUGCUUGCCGUACAAGAACUCCAGAAGAUGGCUCCUAGGCUGAGCCGUGCUGACCACUUCGUGUCCGUAGGAACAGGCAUUUCGACCACGAGAGAGGUAGCCAAAGCCGACGCCUACCCCAGCCUGCUGUUCGGAAACAGCUCUCUGCAGCAGACCGCCAAGCACUACUGGAGCGAAAACUUCGAUGGCGACAAGAAAUUCGCCCUCAUGCGCCAGAUUCUGGCUACAUCAUUGCCCGGAGGGGUUGCUAACGUAGAUAGAUGGCUCCAUCGGUUCAACCUACCCGUAGAAGGUGAGCUGCCUGAUCUAGCUGACGCCUCUGCCAUGGGGAAUCUCGCUGAAGCAGCUCGUUCUCACUUUACGACGGACUCGGCUGUGCGUGACUUGGCCGACGCUGCACUCGCUCUCAGCUUCUACUUUGAGCUACGACCAGGACGCAUGCCAAUCUACGAGCGUGGCUCCUACACCUGUUACGGCUUGAUCCGGUGUCGUAUCCCCGGGAUCAGUCCCGCGUUCUCCACGUUGAUGCAAAAACUCGAUUAUCUAGACGCUAACUUCCAGAUCCAGAUGCAAGUGUGUGAUUCAAGACAAGCCAUGUCAACGUGGAUCGAUCGGCAUGGGAACUUUGGCCAACCCAUAUGUUUGCGCGUUUCCUCGCUCAACGAAGAACUAGACGUUCGCUUGAGACUGCACGGGGACCGUGUUCAUCCUAUAAGCGCUUCACCACUAACGUUCAAAACCUUGAUCGAUCUACAGAUGCUCGAAUGGAGUGCGCUCAAAGAUGUGCACACCACUGCGAGCGUUACAGGCAAGAAAAGACGACUAGACGACUCGCCCCUGCCGGCAGGUAAGCGACGUUGCUAG